AUGAAAGACGAUGAGUUGGAAAGAAAAAUUGAAGCUGCUCAACAAAAGCUUGCAGCUUUAAAACAGAGAGAGGAGGACAUGGAAGUAGAGCAAAGGCAAAAGGAAUCCCUCCUUAGCCAGCUGAAAGAUCAGAUCAACGAUUUAGAUAGAAAAAAGGGAAUGAUUUUGGAACGAGUAAAGGAAGUCAACGCUGAGACGGAUGCCGUGCGGAGUUAUUUACACUCCAUCGAGCACCUCGAUAUGCUCGAGGGCAUGCUUUUCGAAAGGAAAACGCAACUCCUUCACCAGCAGAGGCGUCGGGACAUGUUGUUGCAGCAACUCAGUGAUGUGGAAACGGCAUUGGGAAAGUCGCGCACGCAGUCAGACGAGGAAUUGAAUAACGACACGGAAUGCGACUGUACGCCAUCGGUUGAGGAAUGGGAGAACAUCAACUUAUUACGCCGCAAUGCGAACGGCAUCUACCGCUUUUUCCGAAGCAGCAUGUCGCACGCCCUAGAUCACCCCGCCACCGUGUUCCACCAAAGUAUUCGCAAGAUGAGCCGAAUGGCUCGUGAUCGUGAAGUAGAACUCGCCAUGCAGGUGGAGUGCAUAGAAACAUAUACACAGCAGAUGGUGUUGCAGGAAAGGACUCUGAGCCGCAUCGAACACGAAUAUAAACAGGAAGUGGGAAGUAUGCAACGCAGCGGUCGCAGCAUGUUGCAAGCUAUGGGAGAGGCAGCAGAAGCGGAGGUGGCGGAACUCCGAAUUGCCAUCCAACGUGCACUUGAAGAGCGCAGUGAGCUUCAGAGUCGGCUGCGCAGGCACAACAAAACAUCUCAAAACAAUGGACUGUUGCUCAACGGUAACUUAUUGAUUGCAGAGAAUCGGCACUCCGAUCCACUGGAAGGUGAAAAGAAGUGCGGAGAUGAAAAGGGCGACGGCACGUCGGUGCGAGUGGAAGCUGAUACUGAGAAGCAGGAACUUGCAUCGCCACGUUUGGUGAAUGGUGAAGAAAUACUGAGCCCAGUCGAAACAAAUGCAACUAGAACGACAGAUCCGGCGAGGUUCACGGGGGAAUAUCUCCCCCGAGUCUCCAACGAUCCGGAACUGGACGGCCUCCGCAGGCAAGUGGCAACCAUGGAAAGGUAUGCUCUAAGGAUGCACAGGCGGUACGAGGAGUUGGAAGAGGAUGUCGCCAAGCGGCUCAAAGAGCACGAUAUUAAUGUCAAGAGGCAAGAGACGAAGCUCAAGGAGGCAACGAAUGCAGUUACUGUUCUUGAGAAGGAGAAACUAGAAUGGAAGGCACUGAAAAAACAGAUGUCACUAUUGGCUCACUAG